GCAGGACUCGGCUCAGAAUGGGUGGGCCGAGCGCUCAGUCUGUUUUCAGAGGGGAUGCGAAAUGUACACUUCUAAUCGGGACCUUGCAGCGCAAAUGAAUGGAGACGAGAAACAGUUAGGAAAGUUUACGAAAGAUCAGAAAAGGCUGUUUAGAGACAGUAAAAGCAGCAUUAAUACAACCCGCGCUGAGUGCUUGAGAUGGAUUGGCCAGGUAACUCUAGACAGUCCUCAGGAAAAAGAAACGCAUCUAUACGAGACGGAGUUUUGGAGCAGCAGAUGCUGUAGAGGACUUUCCCAGAUCUACUCAAGUUUGGAAUAAUCGGCGAACAGGAACGUUUUCUUUUUCAUGACACCACUCGCAGGACACUGAACAGCGCUGGAAUGUGGAAAUUCAGCUGAACUGGAUUUAUUUGAGAUUUCAAAAAGGAAAAAUCUGAAAAAAGUGAACGAGCAUCUCAACAUUUGCCUGUGGAUACUAUAACAGAACUCCAACAUGGGGAAUAUAGAAAGUGUGGACGGACAUUGUGAGAUGAAGCAUCACUUAAUGCCUUUAAAAGUCCCGAUGCCUGAUCCAGCUGAGCUUGAAGAACGGUUUGCUAUAGUUUUGAACUCAAUGAAUCUGCCCCCGGACAAAGCUAGACUCCUCCGCCAGUACGAUAAUGAAAAGAAGUGGGACCUUAUCUGCGACCAGGAGCGCUUCCAAGUGAAGAACCCUCCACACACAUACAUUCAGAAACUGAGAGGCUUUUUAGACCCAGGAGUUACUCGCAAGAAAUUCCGCAGGCGGGUUCAGGAAUCCACCAAAGUUCUGAGAGAACUGGAGAUAUCACUGAGGACCAAUUACAUCGGGUGGGUGCGGGAGUUCCUAAACGAUGAAAACAGAGGGCUGGACAUAUUGGUGGAGUAUCUCUCCUUUGCUCAGUGUGCUGUCAUGUUGGAUUUUGAAGGGCUGGACAAUGGGGAUGAUGGCUCACUGGACAAGACGAAGUCCUGGAGCAGGUCCAUCGAGGAUCUGCACCAGAACGGCUUCGGUACACUGGUGCGCUCAAUGCGCCACUCCGUUCCGCGCUACAGUUCGGCAACAAACACCAAAACCAUCAAGAACUCCCGGCUAGUUAGUCAGAAGGAUGACGUGCACGUGUGCAUCAUGUGUCUGAGAGCCAUCAUGAACUAUCAGUACGGUUUCAACAUGGUUAUGUCCCACGCACAUGCGGUCAAUGAAAUCGCCCUGAGUCUGAACAAUAAGAACUCACGGACAAAGGCGCUGGUCCUGGAGCUGCUGGCUGCUGUGUGUCUGGUGCGAGGGGGCCAUGAGAUCAUCCUCUCAGCAUUUGAUAACUUCAAAGAGGUGUGCAAGGAAAAGCACCGCUUUGAGAAGCUGAUGGAGUAUUUCCGCUGUGAAGAUGGAAACAUUGAUUUCAUGGUGGCGUGUAUGCAGUUCAUCAACAUUGUUGUCCAUUCUGUGGAGGACAUGAACUUCAGAGUGCAUCUGCAAUAUGAAUUCACUAAACUGGGUCUGGAUGAUUUCCUGGAGAAAUCCAAGCACACAGAAAGCGAUAAGCUGUCGGUGCAGAUUCAGGCCUACCUGGACAAUGUGUUCGACGUAGGAGGAUUGCUGGAGGACGCGGAGACUAAGAAUGUGGCUCUGGAGAAAGUAGAGGAGCUGGAGGACCAACUGUCACACGUGACGGAGAAGCUUCUGGAAGUGGAGAAUGAGACAGUGAUGAAGGUGGCUGAGCUGGAGAAGCAGCUCCUCCAUAAAGACAAGGAACUGGCAGUCAUCAGGGAGACAUACGAGUCAACCAGCUCGCAGGUCCACACACUCCGGCGGAUGAUCCAGGAGAAGGACGCUGCCUUCCAGCGACACACCAACAUCGAAAAGCGGCUGCUGGAGCUGGAGCAGCAGGGCACCAUCCGCCUACGCAAGCAACCUGACGGAGACAUCUCCAUCGAAGCUCUGGGAGGAGGUGGAGGGGGGCCUGCUGUGGCUGCUAUCGGGGAGGUGGGCUCAGGGAGUCCUGGCCUGGCUAGAAGUGGAGGUAUCGGGGGCAUUUCUCCUGCUGCUGUGGAACCUCCAGCUCCACCUCCACCACCUCCACCACCUCCCCCUCCACCGCUACCUUCUGCUGCAGGAGAGUGCCCACCUCCACCACCUCUCGCCCCUCCACUUCCUGGAACGUCACCGUCUGUCAUCCUCAGUGUUGGCUUAUCAGCCAUCCGCAUCAAGAAGCCCAUAAAGACCAAGUUCCGUCUGCCCGUGUUCAACUGGACUGCACUGAAACCCAACCAGAUCAACGGCACCGUCUUCAAUGAGAUUGAUGAUGAGCGAGUGCUGGAGGAGCUGGAUCUGGAGAAGUUUGAGGAAUUAUUCAAGACUAAAGCUCAGGGUCCUGUGGUGGAUCUGUCCUGUACAAAGAGCAAAGUCCCCAAUAAAGCAAUGAACAAAGUCCAGCUGUUGGAUGCCAACCGCUCCAAGAACCUGGCCAUUACCCUCCGCAAGGCCAGCAAGAGCACGGAGGAAAUCUGCAGAGCCAUUCAGACGUUUGAUCUGAAGGCCCUGCCGGUGGACUUCGUGGAGUGUCUGAUGCGUUUCCUGCCCACAGAGGCGGAGAGUAAGCUCCUGCGACAGUAUGAGAGGGAGCGGCGGCCUCUGGAGCAGCUGGCUGAGGAAGACCGUUUCAUGCUCCUCUUUAGCAAGAUCGAGCGACUCACACAGAGGAUGAGCAUCAUUACUUUUGUUGGAAAUUUUAGCGACAACAUCAGCAUGCUGACCCCGCAACUCAAUGCCAUCAUUGCUGCAUCAGCCUCAGUGAAGUCCUCUCCAAAGCUAAAAAGAAUGCUUGAGAUCAUUCUGGCCCUUGGGAACUACAUGAACAGUAGUAAAAGAGGAUCUGUCUACGGCUUCAAGCUUCAGAGUUUAGAUUUGCUGCUGGACACUAAAUCUACUGACCGCAAGAUGACGUUGCUUCACUACAUUGCUCUAAUAGUGAAGGAGAAGUACCCUGAGCUCGCCAACUUCUACAACGAGUUGCACUUUGUGGACAAAGCUGCAGCAGUUUCUCUGGAGAACGUGUUGCUGGAUGUGAAGGAGCUGGGUAAAGGCAUGGAGCUGAUCAGGAGAGAGUGCAGCCUGCAUGAUCACGCCGUCCUGAAGAGCUUCCUGCAGAGCAGUGACCCACAGCUGGACAAGCUGCAGAAAGACGCCAAAACUGCAGAGGAGGCCUUCAACACUGUGGUCAUGUACUUUGGCGAGAGCCCCAAGACCACUCCUCCAUCUGUCUUCUUCCCUGUGUUUGUGCGCUUCAUCAAGGCCUACAAGGAUGCAGUUGAGGAGAAUGAACAGAGGAAGAAGCAGGAGGAAGCUUUGCGAGAGAAACUGCUUGCUCAGGAGGCCAAACAGCAUGACCCUAAGGUGCAGGCUCAGAAGAAAAGGCAGCAACAGCAUGAACUCAUCGCUGAGCUGCGACGCCGACAGGCCAAAGACCACCGGCCCGUUUAUGAGGGCAAGGACGGCACCAUCGAAGACAUUAUCACAGCGCUGAAGAGUGUGCCGUUCACCGCGCGCACGGCCAAGCGGGGCUCGCGCUUCUUCUGUGACACCAACCUGUAUGAUGAGUCCAACUGCUAGCUACCCCCCCCAAAAAACUAGCCCUAAUGCUGAAGAUCUCCGAAGCCAGCCCUUCCUGCGAGCUGACGCGGUGAUCCGAAAUGGGUGGAAACGACCCUAAAGACCCCUCACACACUCACCCUGUCCCAGCCUUCCCGCUUUGCCCUUGAAAGUGGCGCCUCCCUGCAACUCACAGUGACUGCGCGUAUAGGCCGGGACCAAACCGCCAUUUGAAAGGUGUGGGGGGAGGGAAGGGGUGUCCUUAUUUAUUCACGGAAAAGGAAGACCUUUCUGACUGCUGCACUGGAGGCUCUUUCUCUCUCAACAAAACUAUAAAAACACAGACAUGAAACGUUACCACCCUUUCCUCACUCUCACAAACAAAUACACACACAAAGCCCAAAGAGCAUCAGUGUGCGGCCUUGUUGGGGAAAAAAGGAAAAAGGCGACUUCCCGGAGAGUGGUGUGAACCGAGGAGACCGCACACUACCUUCCCAAAUCCGAAGAGCCUGCCAACAACAGUGACACUCCAACAAACAUGGCUUUCCUCACAUUGUGCAAUCUAAAGUAAAACUCUUACUGAUGGAGAGACCGGCCCGAGGGGAUGGCCAGAUAUUUAGGGCCUUUUUCUCCAAGCUUUUUUUGUAUUAUUUGUUUUUUAAUUUUCUGGUUUUGUUGAUGUUUUUUUCUGCAGAUAACUACACAGUGACAUGAUUAUUAACAAAGGUUGAGGAAAGCUCAUCAGACCAAACCUCCUUUUUUCUCUUUUUGUUCUUAAAGAAGUGCCUUUUUAUCCAGACAGUAUUAUUUGCAUAAAUAUUUAGCCAAAAUUUUUCUUACUUUUGUACUGAUUUAUUUCUUUUUUGUACUUACUUUUUUGUAUCAUCUACUUAAUUUUGUAACAUCUACUUAACCUGUAAAUAGCCAAGUAUCCUACAAUUGCAGUGCAUUGUAUUGUAGAUUUAAAGGGGGCAUAUUUUAAAAAGCUGUUGCUAUUAGGGGUCUGUUAUACUGUAGCAGGCGACUGUAUAUGUGCCUUGCAUUAACAGUGCCCCUAUCUUUGUGGUGAAGUACAAAACUGCUAACAUUUUUUUACAUUAAGCGGUUAGUUUUAACUGACUCUGUAUAUUUUAAAUACCGGUAUCUGAGCACCUAGACUUUGCUCAUGAACGCCUUAAUGUGCAUGCACCUCUCGUCCAUUGACGUUGACUCUAGGCUGUGUCAUGUGUCAUUUUUCUUUAACUGAAUGUCAAACAUAUACCAAAAUUAUGACGACUACAGUGAAGUAAAUGCUAUGUUCAAUAGUCCAACAUGAAAAAGAGCCACUGAACUGUGCUGAACGCAGUUCCAUCUCAAUGCCUUAUGCUGAGGAGGUGAAGCAGAAUUUCAGAUUAUGGUUUACUCGCACAUGAAGACAGCCUGUAAUUGGUUUGGUGGGUUAUGAUUAUUCUGUAUUAUUUGGGAACACUGAAAUGUUUUGAGGAUGGUGGUUUCCCUUGCACUAGCCAUAGAGAAGCAAAACAAUUGCGCGAUCGGCCACAAUAGGAUUGUCAUAAAAAGGGACACAUCACUAUAGUAGCACACUACGUAAUGCCUCUGUGUUUUAGAGGAAGGAAAUGUAUAUGCAACACUAGGUCUUAUGCUGUGGAUUUGUUUUAUAAAGUCUCUUAAAUUAUAUCAUUUGUUUUAUGGAAAAGACAAAACUGUGCCAUUGAAGGCUAAUCAAAUACUGCACCACUGUACCAACUUAAGCCAUUCCAAAUUGUGAAAAGAAGCACAAAUAAAGGUAGAAUGUACCU